UUGGGUGUUUUUAUUUUUUACGAGCUACUUCCCUAGUGCCUGCCUAUUUAUGCAAACUCUCGCAAUGGAAUCCCCCGCACUAACUCGAUUGAGAUCGAGAGGAGAGCUGAGGAAAUGGCAAGGUACGUGAAGGAACUCAUCAGAGGGGGAAGCAGCAGGCUUUCCCUUCACCAGAAGGGAAACCCCUCCCUCUUCUCCACUCAACGAGCUGUGGAUGCUGCCUCACCUCGGAUCUACAAGGAAGCCUCACAGCUUAUUGGGAGGACGCCACUUGUGUAUCUAAACAAAGUAUGUGAAGACUGCCAUGCUCAGAUUGCUGCCAAGCUGGAGUUUUUCCAACCUUCAUUUAGUGUCAAGGAUAGGCCGGCUGUGGCCAUGAUAGAAGAUGCUGAGAAGAAGGGGCUGAUAACUCCAGGAAAGACCACACUGAUUGAGCCCACAUCUGGAAAUAUGGGUAUUGGACUUUCCUUUGUGGCUGCACUAAAAGGCUACAAACUUGUGCUUACUAUGCCAUCAUACACAAGCCUCGAGAGGAGGGUGGCCAUGAGAGCUUUUGGUGCCAAUUUAGUGCUCACUGAUCCAACCAAAGGAAUGGGAGGAACGGUGAAGAAAGCAUAUGAUCUCAUGGAUUCUUAUCCAGAUGCCUUCAUGCUUCAACAGUUUGAGAACCCUGCAAAUGUCAAGGUACACUUUGAAACUACUGGCCCUGAGAUAUGGGAAGAUACUCUUGGCCAAGUGGACAUCUUUGUAAUGGGAAUUGGGAGUGGAGGCACUGUGACUGGUGUUGGGCAGUAUCUAAAAUCAAAGAGCCCUAAUGCAAAGAUAUAUGGAGUUGAGCCUGCUGAAUCAAACGUUCUUAAUGGUGGCCAACCAGGUCCUCAUCUUAUCACUGGCAAUGGAGUUGGCUUCAAGCCCAAGAUUUUGGACAUGGAUGUAAUGGAAAAAGUUCUGGAGGUGAAAAGUGAGGAUGCUGUAAAGAUGGCUAGAGAAUUAGCAAGAAAAGAAGGGCUUCUGGUAGGGAUAUCCUCAGGAGCUAAUACUGUUGCAGCACUUGAACUUGCAAGAAUGCCAGAGAACAAGGGCAAACUUAUUGUGACUGUUCUUCCAAGCCUGGGGGAGAGGUACUUAUCAUCUGCCUUGUUUCAAGAAUUAAGGGAAGAAGCAGAACAGAUGCAACCUGUGUCAGUCGACUAGUUCGGGCUGCUUUUACCAACAACCACUACUCGUGAGUCACGGCCAGACCGAUGAGCCAAAUCGGUUAAUUGUGUCACAAAAAUAUGGUGAAACUUUGUAUUCUGUACUUCGGUUGUCUCCUUAUGGUAAUGGAAGUUUUUCUGAUAACAACUUUCAUUAAAUCUAUUUAAUAAAAGUAGCAAUAAA